GCGCGAUUUGUUCUCGUGGCUUACCAUCAUGCCAAUGACCACGACUGCAGUCUUUUAUUACAUGACGCAGCAAUGCCGAAUCCGAGGUUGACCCAACGAUGUGCCCCACAGCAACUGCCGUGGACCCUGAUCAGCGAUGAAGUCAUCGCAAUAACAUUUUGGAAAUCACGACGCGUCUCUGACAAAGCAGCAACAAACCUCUCGAUCAAAACUGAAGUCUGAUUCAGAGACUCACAUAUACAGUAAUCAUGGUGUUGGCUCUUACCAGCGCAACAGGCAAGCUGGGCGGUGCCGUGCUGAACGCCAUCCUGGACAACAAGCUCAUUGAUCCCAAGGAGCUUGUGGUAUGCACGUCUAGUGACCCCAACUCGGACCGCUUCACCUCCCUGCGCAGCCAAUCCAUCACCCUCCGCCAGGCCGACUUCGAUAAGCCAGAAUCCUUGACGCGCGCCUACGAUGGCUGCACAUCUCUCUUCCUCGUUUCUACUCCACGCAUAGCUAUGGACUACAACAAUGCGCCGCUUUGGAAAGGACGAGAGGCGCACCACCGUGCUGCCAUUGACGCUGCUAUCCAAGUCGGCAUACAGCAUAUAUACUAUACAUCCCUUGGUUUUGCUAACCCCUCGAAAGCGAGUGUCAUGCGCGCGCACAUCCGGACAGAGGAGUAUCUACACGGGUUGGAGAAAGAGGGAAAGUGCAAGGUCACUAUCAUCAGAGAGGGGCUCUAUAAUGAGAGUUGGCCGUUGUAUUUUGGGUAUUAUUUUGGGCUGAAAGAAGAAACAAGGAAAGAGGUGGUUAUUGCGGGUGAUGGAAAAAUUAGCUGGACCAGCAUUCCUGAUAUGGGAUUCGGUACCGCGAAGAUACUCGCAGCGCCGAGUGAGCAGUGGGCGGGCAAGACAUUUUAUCUCUCCCAGAAGAAGAGCUGGUCGCUGAAGGAUAUCUCAGAUAUUGUUAGCAGGGUGAGAGGUGACGAGAUCAAGCUCAAGAUCGUGGACAGGAAAGAGUAUGAGGACUUUUAUGUUAACAGUAAAGGUAUGGAAAGACCCAGUGUGGAGUGGUGGUCAAGCUCAUAUGAUGCGUUGAAAGACGGAGAAUGUGAGAUUGACGAUCCAACAUUGGAGAACCUGCUCAAGGAGGCUGGGAGGACACCUAAGCCGUUGGAAGAGACGAUCGAGGAGAUGCUGCGAUAGAAGGAAGAGUUGGCUCACAUAUCUGGCUCCAUAUACAGACUAGUAGCAAUCGAACUCUUCUACGACUGUU